AUUGUUCAAAAUGGCAGCCAGUGGGAGUGUGUUUGCAGGAAGACCACGAACAGGUUCCAGGCUGCCUGCACAGCUUGACGCGGACGGCAAUGAAGCAGAGUUUGAUGUGAGAGAAGAUGAGGAACAAGAUGUAAAACUUGGUCAGACUUUGGAUCUGUUGUUAGCUGCAGGAUACUUCAGAGCUAGAAUUAAAGGAUUAUCUCCCUUUGACAAAGUAGUUGGUGGAAUGACAUGGUGUAUAACAACCUGUAAUUUUGAUGUUGAUGUUGAUCUGCUUUUUCAAGAAAAUUCCACAAUUGGACAAAAAAUAGCAUUAACAGAAAAGAUUGUAGCUGUUUUGCCAAAAAUGAAAUGUCCACAUAGAAUAGAACCUCAUCAAAUACAAGGAUUGGAUUUUAUACAUAUCUAUCCAGUUGUACAAUGGUUGGUGAAACGUGCUGUGGAAACAAAAGAAGAAAUGGGGGAUUACAUCAGGGCAUUCUCAGUGUCGCAAUUCAACAAAAACCAUAAAACGCCAGAGGAUGUUUCAUUUGAGUUAUUGAUAGAAAAAUCAACAGACUCAGUCGCCAGUGUAAAGGAGAAUUACAAGCCACAGAGAAGGUACCGCAGACCUGAUGCUGAAAACUUAAAAGAUGAAGAAACAAGAGUUCAUUCUACAUUGUUAGAAUAUGGCAGACGUUAUGGAAUCAGUAAAUCAGACCAGGAAGAAAAGGAAAGUGAAAAAAGUGCUAAGAAACGUGCUGUUGCAGCUGGUUUGGGAGGGGAGACAACUGAGGAAGAUUUACAGGCACAAGAAGAGAAAAGGAUAGCCAUGUUGAUGUCAAGAAUGUCAGCUAUGGGGGUUCAAGAGGGUAAACUAACAGCUAGUGCUGUAGGAUCAAUAGUCAGCAUGCAGAGUGAACAAAUACAGCAGAUACAUACAGAAUAUGCUGAAAAACAAUCAGAGAUUGAGCAGAUUGAAAAGACAGAGAGAGUUGGAGGAGAGCAACAACAUAAACGUGUAAAGGCUGCAAUGUCAAAACAAAUUGAGCAACAGAAAUCUAAACUAGAUGAGAUAACAUCCAAACAUGAUCAGCUACACCAGGCUUAUUUAGAGACACAGGCUAUGUAUAAAGAGGCAGAAUCAAGAGGUGCUAGGAUUGAUGAAGAAAUGGACAAAUUAAAUGAAAUAGAAACAGAGGAGAACCAAAGCAUUCUGCAAACACUGAGAUCUCUUGUUGCUAUGAAUGAAAAUCUGAAGAAGCAAGAACAGGAAUUCAAGGCUCAUUGUAAGGAAGAAAUGAGUAGGUUAAAAGGUCAAAUAGAAGAAGUGAAAGAACAGACUUCUGAGGAAGAUUCAGGAGACAAGGAGAGAGUGUCACUUAUAGAUAAACAGUAUGAAGCUGAUAGAGAGAAACUACACAAAAUAAGGCUGUUGCUGGCAAGAAAGACAAGGGAGAUUGCAGUACUGCAACGAAAGAUUGAUGAGGUUCCAUCAAGGGCUGAGUUAAGUCAAUAUCAGAGACGUUUCAUAGAAUUAUAUAGCCAAAUUUCUUCUACGCAUAAAGAAACUAAACAGUUUUACACUUUAUACAAUACACUAGAUGACACAAAGUUAUACUUACACAAAGAGGUUAAUUUGCUGAAUUCUGUCCAUGAUACUUUUUCACAAGCUAUGGGAUCACAAGGAACAAAGGAGCAGUUUCUGAAACAGUUUGAACAAAUAGUUGAGGGCAUUAAACAAAAUAAAGCUAAAGUUGAAAAACGAAAGCAGGAAGAAAAGAUGAAGCGUGACAGGUUAAAUGAUCAACAUCUUGACCUGAUAGAAAAGCAAAGACUUUACUUUAAAACAGUCAAAGAAUUUAAAGAGGAAUGUCGGAAGAAUGAAAUAUUGAUGUCAAAAUUGAAAAGAUAACAAAUGACCUUGUGAAAACCAAGAUGGAUGCCAUAUUGAAUAUUAUAUCAAAACAUGUUUUAUUGAAUCUUAUUGUAACGAUUAUAAAUGUUAAAAUUAAAAUUCUUUUAUAUACA